AUGGACCGUUACAGGUACUUCAUCUUCAAUCAGAAGAGCGUGGUGGUCCUCGGCAUCCUUCAGGUGGCGUGCGCGGGGCUUUGCGUGGUUUGCGGAUUUAUGGACGCAGUCUUCCGGAAGAGCACUACACUGAGUGAAACUAGGGCUCCACUCUGGGCUGGACUGAUUAUGGCUGCCCCCGGUGUGCUUGCCCUCUUUGCAUCCCAGAAGAAAAAUCCAAUUUUGGUAAAUGUCAUGAUGGCAUCCUCCGUGAUGUCUCUGUUUGCUGUUGUGAUUGUCUUCGUUUACGCUUGCGUCACUCUCAGCUAUGGAGAAGAGGAUGAUGAGAUCUUCCACGCUCAUCCCGUUCCUGAAGUGAGGUUCGUGCUCAGCCGGAUGGUGAAAGGAGCAAACGGCACCCUUCUGGUGGCCUGCAUGGGGUCGUUGCUCUUUUCUUCUCUCAUUGCUUACGUCGGCUGCCGGAGUCUCCCGCUUUGCGGCUGCUACGACUCUGCAAAUGGCAUGGAGUUUCUAGUUCCUCAGAAUGACCCUGUUACUCCAACCGAACUUGUGUGCACUUGGCAAGACGGAGAUGAGAGAAUUUUUAACUCCCCUAUGUCAUUCAUGGACCGCUGUCCUGAGCAGGAACAGCAAGACCUCUCCACACUUCCACCAUAUAGCAGACUAGCUUAGUAAUUUAUGGGUUUAGUUUUUUUUUUUUUUAAAUGUGAAAUAGGGGUAAAUGUAGUUCAUACAUUUUCCUCAAAGUAAAAAGUGUCCAGAUUUCAUCAAGCCUGCUAGUUUCAAAUUCACUUAAUUGUUUAUCAGUGCCAUAUUUUAUAUAUAUAUAUUUUUUAAGCUUUGUACUUUUUACAUGAUGGACUGAUAUUUUUGCACACAAACCUGUAUGUAUAUAUUUUACA